CUUGACAGCACAAGAGAAGCAGGCUGCUUUAAUAAUUUCCCUCACCGAACAACAACUUGUACAAUACAAAAUCAUUACUCUAUUUAUUCCAUCCUUCUUCCUCUCGGCACAAACCAUAACCCAGGCCCCUUCCAUUCAUAUUUUCACAAACCAAGGACAGCAGCAGCCCUCUCCAUCUUCUUCUUCUCGUACAAGAAACCAGGAGCCAGCACCACCUUCCUUCCUCCCCUCUCUCGAUCAAACAAGCAGCUCGCGGCCGAGCAUCACCGUCACUCUCCUCCUUCUCGUCCAGUAAACAACUGAGCAUCACCAUUCUUCUCGUCAACAAGCAACAGCAGCUCCAGCUCAUUUCCCUCGCAUCAAAACACGUCUAGAGUUGCGACGGCGAUCCCGGCGUAUUGUACUUCAACGAAGCUUCAAAAGCUUGGUACCAUCUCGAAGAGGACAAUCCCAGGAACGUCACGGAGUCAACGAAACUAAAUUCCGACGUUAGACGAGAGAGAACAGAGCUACGAAAGUUUGAGACGUGAGCUGAAACGUCCAGGUUUAAGGUAACAAUCGGAGUAAGGGUUCCACAUCAAGGGAACUAAGUAAUCGCCACAAGAGGUGAGUGUAAAGGGGGUAAAGUCUAC